UCUUUACGUUUCUCUCUCUCCCCCCGACCAAAGCGGCAUCAACCGUAAGACCAAGACUUCGGACAAGAAGCCAGGAAUCGAGAUUCGAAACCCAUCACGAUAUUGCAGAUCCCAGACCCUGGCAAAAGUCUCCUUCCCCGACACACAGCGAGAGAGAGAGAGAGAGAGCGAGUUGGAAUCGAUGAUACUUCUGCAAUCUCAAUCAAGAUUUCUCCUUCAGACCUUGCUGAAUCGAGUUCAGAAUCUUGAAAAAGGAGUUGAAUUGGAUUACCACUGGGUUGAGUUUAAUGAUGUUCGCUACCAUAUUCAGGUGUCAAUGAAGAAUUCACACGUCUUGCUGCUGUCAGUGUCAUUACCUACCCCUCCCCCAGAUGCCAUCUUCUUUGGUGGACUUCCUUUUGGAGCUAUUGAAGCAAUAAAAGCUGCAUAUGGUGUGGUUGUACAAAUUCUUGAUCCUCCAAGGGAUGGAUUUAAUCUCACUUUGAAACUGAAUUUGUCCAAACUUCCUCCAGAUGAAGAGUACAGACAUGCUCUUUUGGUUAAGAUUGCAUCUGUGAGGGAAACGGUCCUUGGUGCUCCAUUGAGAGUAAUUCUAAAACAACUUGCUUCAAGGACUGUUGCUUCUAAUAUGGACCGGCUUGUUGCCAUUCUGCAUAGGCCAAACGAGUCUUUUUUCCUUGUUCCUCGGAUAGAAAAGGUGACAGUGGUGUUUCCUAUGAGAUUUAAAGACUCCAUAGAUAUUGUUCUUGCCACUUCCUUCCUGCAGGAGUUUGUGGAAGCAAGGCGUACAACUGGACUCCAUAAUGCUCCUUCUUGUUUGUGGUCUGCAUCUGCUCCUCCAGAACUGAAGGGAGCUCCGGCUGAAGCAUUAUUGGCAAAUGCAGGAUUUGUUACAUUUGUUAUCUUCCCUCGUCACGUAGAAGGCAAAAAGCUGGACCGUACGGUUUGGAGUUUAUCUACGUUUCACGCUUAUGUUAGUUAUCAUGUUAAAUGCUCUGAGGGUUUUAUGCAUACAAGGAUGCGACGUCGCGUGGAAUCUUUGAUUCAGGCUCUCGAUCGUGCCAAGCCCGAGUUGGAGAGUCCAAAGAAAAAAGUGCAAAGCAGAUCCUUCAAACGACUGAGCCUCAACGAAGCAAGGACCAAUUCAGAGUCAUAGUUGGUACAGGAUGGGUGCUUCUGUUUGGACAAUGAGAAGCCCAUUAGCCGAGGCAUUGCUUGCUAUAUGCAGGGGAAGACUACUAGUACUCCAAGUGCUUGUAUUUUAUUUCCCAAUAUAAAUUAAAAAAAGAGAAAGGAAAGAAAAGAACAUAUUUAUUCAGUUUGCUAAUAUGAUACAAUUUUGUUUGUAGUUGGGUUUUUAGUGAACGGUAAAAUGUUACUUUGUUUAGGUCAA